AUGCCAAUUGGCAUGAGCCCCUUCCGGUUGGUGUAUGGUAAAGCCUGCCACUUACUGGUGGAAAUUGAACACAAAGCAUAUUGGGCCGUCAAGGAGUGCAAUCUAAAUUUGGGUGGGGCCGAAAUUGAGAGAAAGCUACAAUUGGCGGAAUUAGAAUGUUUGAGAUUAGAGGCCUAUGAUAACUCUAGGCUCUACAAAGAAAAGAUGAAAGCCAUCCAUGAUAAGAACAUUAGGAGAAGGGAAUUUAGACCCGGUGAACUAGUUCUCCUUUACAAUUCAAGGUUGAGAUUGUUGCCCGGAAAGCUAUGA